AUGGUCUUAACUAUUGUGGCACUAACCUCACCAAACACAACAGUGGCCAAAAGUGAUGAAAACUGUACAAAUGAAGAGAUCCCUCUUUCCUUAAAGUAUGUCCGUCCUGGCAAUGGCUUUGAACCUAAAUUCCAGCUCUUGGAGAAGGAAGACGUGAACGGGAAAACCGCUCACCCUCUCUUCGUCUUCCUUAAGGAGAAACUUCCAUUCCCGAGCGAUGAGCCAAUGCCCUUCAUGAACGACCCCAAAUAUAUCGUGUGGAGUCCCGUGUGCAGAAACGACAUCUCUUGGAAUUUCGAGAAGUUUCUCAUUGGAUCUGAUGGAGUUCCAUUCAAACGCUACAGCAAGAGAUACCUGACCAGCAACAUCGAGGGAGACAUCAAGAAACUUCUCAGCAUAGCCAAGUAAAAUGGUUUUGUGGUCAAAAGGGUGUCAAAAAAAAUCAAUAUCCCAGUUUCUGCAUUGCAUACCUUUACCUGCAUGGGUCUCCUAUAAGUGUUCAUGACAGGUUGUGCUCUCAUUUGCAUGAAGUUACUGUGUUUGGACUUUUACUUCAUGAAGGUGCUCCUGUAAACAUGCUUUGUCUGUGGGGAGCAUCUGAUGCCGUGCAGAAGUCCUAACCGAACAGUUUCAUUUAGCUCUUGUAUGGUACAACAUGCAAUCUGGACCAAUAAAUGUGUUCAGUUCAGUUAAUGUGGGAGGACAAGAACACACACAGAGCUUUAGGGUUUGGUCUGUUGUGUACGAUACUGAUCAUCUGGUGCUUUUAUGAGAUUCAUUCUGCAUUAAUGAAUUCCAGUGGAAACUUAUCUCUAGUGUGGGGGUGUGACGCGGGAGUAGAAUUUCCCACAAUUUUACUAAGCCAAACAUAUUUCAAAAAUAAA